ACUAUAAAAUGAGAUGGCGUAACAAUUUUCAGCUCAAAGGUGGCGGCCCAAUUGGCCCAUUUGGACAGCUGUAGUUUAAAGGAAGCCCAUUUAUAACAUAUCUAGAGCCCUUCCCUUCCCCGCAGUAGCAGAAAUCUUGAAGCAGCUGCAAUGGCCGACGGAGUCGACGAAGGAGAGUUCUACCUGCGCUACUACGUCGGACACAAAGGAAAAUUCGGCCAUGAAUUCCUCGAAUUCGAGUUCCGCCCCGACGGCAAGCUUCGCUACGCCAACAACUCCAACUACAAGAACGAUACCAUGAUUCGCAAGGAGAUCUUCCUCACCCCCGCCGUGCUCAAGGAGUGCCGCCGCAUCGUCGCCGACUCCGAGAUAAUGAAGGAAGACGACAACAAUUGGCCGGAGCCCGACCGCGUGGGAAGGCAAGAGCUGGAAAUUGUGAUGGGGAAUGAGCAUAUCUCUUUCACGACGUCGAAGAUUGGCUCUCUGAUGGACGUCCAGACUAGCAAUGAUCCUGAGGGAUUGAGGAUCUUUUACUAUCUAGUUCAGGACCUAAAAUGUUUCGUCUUCUCGCUUAUCUCACUACAUUUUAAGAUCAAGCCCAUAUGAAGACCAGACAAGAACUUGCUGAUCUUUUCUUGGAGCUUAAAUAUCUUGGGUGAUCAUUUUCCAGUUCUCAAUUGCUCAUGGUUUACUUGAGUUGAGGAAAGUUAUGUAGCAUUUUAGUGCGCUGUAUUAGGUUGUGUCUAUUAUAACAAAUCUUUCUAAUUUUCUCCUUCAACAUUUGACUUUUGUUUUGGAUGUGUGAAGUUAGUGACCUGUUUAUUUUUAUCAUGUUACUAAUGAUUGAUUAUGGAAACCGUUUUGCAAUUUA